AUGCUAAUAGAUUUCCAAAUUCCAUCUCGCAAGCCAACGAAAACAGACAGGCAAUGGGCUAAUAUCCGUCUCCAUAACUCGAAACAUAUUAGUAGGGGAUCAACUCGAGUGGUUUUCGCACACGUGGGAGACCCUACAGUCCAAUGCCCUGGUCUUUGUGCUUGGCCUUAUGCUCUGCCGGCUUAUGGUCCUCCAGGCCCAGCCUUGGUGGCACCUAAUGGAAUUGGAACCGAUGGCAUGAUCAUAAACAUCGCCACCCUACUUGCAGGGGCUACCACUAACCCCUUCAAGACCGGUUAUUUUCAAGGGGACGCGUUGGCACCAUUGGAGGCUGUGACAGCUUGUCCUGGAAUAUUUGGCGCUGGAGCUUAUCCAGGGUAUCCUGGAGCUUUGUUGGUGGAUAAAAUGAGCAAAGCUAGUUAUAAUGCAUAUGGUGCUAAUGGUAGAAAAUUUCUUCUUCCAGCCACCUGGGACCUCAUUAGGUUGAAUUGCAAAGUUAUCACUUAA